AUGUCGCAUCGAGAUUAUUGUCAUCGUCGUGUCUUAGUCAAAGGGCACACAAAAAUGAAUGCUAACAUGCUCACAGAACUUUGUGAGAUCAUACAUGGCCUGGGUGAAAGAAUACCACGCAGAGAUACAGUUGAGAUAAUCUACUCAGUAAUAAUAAAACAAAUGGUUUUGUUGAUUUCCCAAAUUCAAAAAGCUGCAAUUUUACUUAAUAACCAGAAUAUAUCGAUCAAACAUGUACUAUAUGUUUUGAAAAAUUAUAGGGUCACCCUUAUUCGAAUUCUAUCAUACUAUUGGUUAAAAGAUUCUAUCCAACAACUCAAUAAAUUAAGUAAUACUGAUGAAAAUAAGGAAAAAAAGGGAAAAAAUAAGAAAUCUAAACUAGAGUUGAUUGAUAAAGAUAUUGUUGAAAAUAUAACAAAUGAAGAAGAUGUAUCUAUAAAAAUAGACGAUCCUGCUACUGUCUUGGCUGAAAUGGAUUUUACAAAAAAAGAAAUGCCACAUGGCAACACCAAAAUCUUAAGUAUUUUUAAGAAACUUAGAAAUGCAAUUGUGGAGUUGAAAUUAAAAAUAAAAAUAACUGAAGAAGAAGUAAGAAAAUCUAACGAAUCACGUAUGAUUAGAGCUAAUGAUGUAUCAAUUAUACUAUCAGCUAAUGCAUAUGAAGGUUUUGAGGUAUGCAGAAGAAAAAAUUUUUACAAAACCAAAAUAGGUGAUCAACUAUUGUUACAAGUACACAAAGCUCUUCCAUUUGAUAUUACAUACAAUAAACAAGUUAAAGAAGUUCUUCUCUUCUUAGCUAAAGAAACGAUAAGUUUUGUUAUUGAUCGUGUGUUUGAAAAUAGAAAAUGUACAGACAGCUGUGAUGAAAAUAAUGCAAGAACUAUUAAGAAAAUAAAAUAUGGAUCUAUACUUGUUGAUGAAAUAGCAUCCGUUAUAAAAUGUACAUGGAAAACUCCUUUUGAAGAAAUCCGUUACCCAUUUGAUGAAGAAGAUACGUUUUUUAAUAAUCAAUUGAUUUUUGAAUAA